AUGACUAGUAAACCAAAUGAUGAAGUUUUUCAAAAUUUAGAAGAUCCCGGUGAAUGGCCUAGUAAUUUAAGCGUUAGAGAAAGAGAUAUAAUUAUCGAAAAAGGCCCAAUUGAAAUAACCAAUCACGAUUUUCCAAUAAAAUCUAGUGAUAAUGUAGUAAAGAGAAAAUUCACAGUUGAACAUUAUAAUAGAAUUUUAUCUAAUGGCGAAAAAGUUAAACGUAGAUGGUUAAUUUAUUCAAAGAAAAAAGAUGUUGUCUAUUGUUUUUGCUGUAAACUUUUUGGAAAUUCAUGUGGUAGUGGUUUGGCAGAUUAUGGGCUGGACGAUUGGAAACACAUUUCAGAGAGAAUAAAAAGUCAUGAAAAUUCUCAGAAUCAUUUACUAAAUACUGAAAAAUGGAUUAGUUGUGAAAUAAGAAUGAAGAAAAACAUAACAAUUGAUAAACAAAAUUUAGUAUUAAUUAGAAAGGAAACUGAACAUUGGAGGGCAGUUUUAACUCGUAUUCUUCAUAUUGUACAUUAUUUAUCAGAACGAAAUCUUGCUUUUCGUGAAUUAGAUAAAAUUGGCUUAGAUAUAAAAGAUUGUAGAGGGCAGGGAUACGAUAACGGUGCUAACAUGAAGGGCAAGUAUAAAGGAGUACAAGCCAAAAUUCUUCAAAAAAAUCCAAAAGCAUUUUUCACUCCAUGUGCUUGUCACAGUCUAAAUAUGCUAUUAGGAGAUAUGGCAAAAUGUUCUCCUAUUAGGUGGUCUAUUUUAAUAAAAAAUAUUCCUAAUUGCACAGUUAAACGAUUAUCAGAAACUAGAUGGGAAAGCAGAAUUGAGAGCGUAAAACCUAUAAGAUAUCAUACUGCCUUAAUUAGAGAUUCUCUUUUAGAAAUAGCUGAAACUACAAAUGAUUCUACUAUAAAAAGUGAAGCUGAAUCACUUGCGUUAAAUGAAUUGGAAAAUUUUGAAUUUAUUAGAUACUGGAUUUACUCCGCAAUAGUUGAUGCAAAAGAGAUUGCAACUAUUUUAAAAAUUAAUCCUGUGUUUAAAGAGACAAGGAUUCGAAAAAUAAAACGAUUAUUUACCUAUGAACAAGAUGAUGAACCAAUCAACUUGAAUAAGACACCAGAAGAAAAAUUUAAAAUUGAAUAUUUUUAUCAAAUUGUAGAUACUGCUAUACAAUCUAUGGAGUUACGUUUUCAACAAUUUGAGGAGUACUCUAAUAUGUUAGGGUUCUUAUAUUCUCCUGAAAAAUUACGUAAUAUAAGUGAAAAUGACUUAAUGAAAUGCUGUUUUGAUUUGGAUAUUUCUCUGAGGGAUGGUGAAAAACACGAUAUUGAUGGCGCAGAACUUUUUUUUGAAUUAAAAAUUCUCAGACAAAUGAUACCUGAAGAAAUUAAUAAGUCUAUCGAAGUAUUACAGUUUAUAAAAGAUCUUCAGAAUCCAUUUUCUAAUGCUACUGUAUCAUAUAGAAUAUUACUAACUAUACCAAUAACUGUAGCCAGUGCAGAAAGAUCUUUUUCUAAGUUAAAACUCAUAAAAUCAUAUUUAAGGACAUCAAUGACUCAAGAAAGGCUAAUUUCACUUGCAAUAUUAUCUAUUGAAGAAGACAUAGCUUCAAACUUGGACUACAAUGAAAUAAUAAAUGAAUUUGCGAGAAAUAAAGCAAGGAAAGUAAACUUUGUAUAA